AUGGCUUUCACUACCUCAAUCCUAGCUGAAAAGAAGAACAAGAUUUUGUUUAUAUUGGGUGCAACAGGAACUGGGAAAACUAAACUUUCCAUCAACUUGGGUACUCGUUACCCCGCUGAAAUCAUCAACUCGGACAAAAUUCAAGUCUAUAAGGGUCUUCAUAUUGUCACAAAUAAGGUGCCGGAAUCUGAACGUUGUUCGAUUCCGCAUCACUUAUUAGGCAUCAUCGAUGAUCCUGAAUAUGAUUUUACUAUGAACGAUUUUUGCAAGAACGUGCUUGAAUCCAUAGAUCUCAUAAUUGGCAAUGGACGCCUACCUAUUAUUGUAGGAGGGUCCAAUUCUUAUAUAAAAAAAUUGGUUGAAGAGCCAACCAUUGCUUUUCUUUCAAAAUAUGACUGUUUUUUCAUUUGGGUAGAUGUGUCUUUGCCUACUCUAUUUCAAUAUGUAGGGAAAAGAGUUGAUGAAAUGGUUGAGUCAGGGAUGGUUGAUGAGAUUCGAGAAUAUUAUGCACCUGGGGCAGACAACUCAAAGGGAAUUAGAAGGGCUAUUGGGGUUCCUGAGCUUGAUUCUUUUUUUCAAAUAGAAAAGAAAAAUGACAUUGAUGAUGCUCAAAAGGAAAAGAUAUUGGCCGAAGCUAUCAGAAAAACCAAACAGAACACUUGCAUAUUGGUUCAAAAUCAACUCUUGAAGAUCAAGAAUAUGGCUCAAAUCCUUGGGUCGAUGGUAUACAAGAUUGAUUCUACGGAAGUCUUUGAGGCCCUUCUGAAGGGAGAAGAUUAUAAACAUUUGCAUCAAGAGAAUGUAGUUAAGCCAAGCAUAGAGAUAGUGAAAAGAUUCCUAGAGGAGACACCUGUUGGAUUUGAAUAUGAAAAAUAUUCAAAUGAAAAUGGGAAACAUGCACUCAAUGGUGUUUCAAACAUUCGGGCAAAAAUUAUAUAA